AUGUCCACAUUGUUCGAUAGUCUUUCACGAAAUCCGAUCGAUCGAUUGCCGUCGCCAAACUUCUUGCCAAAUGAUUUUCUAGAACUUCUCAAAAGCCCCGAUUUUGACACGAAACUGCAGACAUUGAACAGUGCUGUUGGGAUCGCUCGUCGCGAUGACGAAUGGUUCAAUCGAUUCGCGAAAAAAGGAGAACUUUUCAAGUGUCUUGAUCGGAUUCUCGUCGACGAACGGUGGGAACUUCAACAUCAAUGCAUCAAAUUUCUUGUGGAGGCAAUGCCGACAUUUGGAAAUGCAACAGAAUACUGUAUGUGCUACGUCAUGCCUAAUUUGAUUCCCAAGUUGGGCAGCUCGAAAAUCACUGUGCGAAAAAUCUGCAAUCAAGCGAUUGUACUUUUUCUAAAAAACAAACCUGAAGCGCUACAAUCGUUUCUUAAAAUGCUCAAUAAUUUUAUGACAAACUGUCGGGAACCGGAAACAAAAGCGGAAAUCAUUCACGAACUACCAUCUUUGUUUUUGCCGGAGCUAUCCCGAUGCAAUUGGAGCAAUCUUGUUGAUACUCUUACAGCCGACAACAUAAUUCUCGAAUGCGAAGAGAGAGUUGGUGUGACACUUAAAAAACUCAACGAAUACCUCGGAAAUGAGAUCUACGAUAGUAUAAUCACGAGUUUGCUGCCGGAUAAGCGAGAAAUCGUGAAACGAAUGACUGAAAACGUUGUGUUGGAAACGAACAACGACCAGAAAGGCGGAGUGCUUGCCAAUCGGUCUACAAUGAAGAUUGCUUCCGGCGAACGCAGAUUACGAUUCGGAAUUGUGCCCAGUGUCAUCUCAAAUAUGAUUCAAGAUGAUAACGACGUGAAUGCGAGAAUUGCGGGCCUCGAGAGAUUAAAACAAAUCAUCGAACAAAUCAGUCCGGAAGAAGUCACCCGUCUUGUUCCACAUCUUCAUUCAUAUCUUCUCACAUUAUCAAAUGUCCUUGCCGACCUCAAUUUCAAGGUCGUCGUUCUUACGCUAGAUAUCAUUCGACUUACGAUUCAUAGUUUACGGGGUCACAUGGAAGCGCACCUUCAUCAAGUGGUCAAUCUUAUCUCGAAAUAUUUUGGCAAUCAAAAAUCUGUGAUCAAACAGCUUAUCAUGAUGUCAUUCAUGGACCUUUUUCAACAUAUUAAUCCGAAAAGUGUGGGUGGAGCACUGCGAGUUUUCAUGGAAAACAAGAAUUCGCGAACUCGCGAAGAAGUCGUUAAUAUAAUAACGGCUGCGUUGAUGACAAUUAGCCCUUCAAAAUUCAAUUUAACAUCGAUGAUUAAUAAUUUAGUACCGCUUCUAAAUGAUCCGAAGCGGCGUGUCAGGCUAGCAGCAUUUGAACAGCUGUCGGUGAUUGCUUAUCUGUUGAAUGGCAAAACUGAAGCUAUAUUAAAAGUAGCGAGGGAUGUCGAAAAUGAGCAGAAUGCUCGCGGGCUCACUGAAGCCGUGAUGUCGAGGCUACGUCGUCAGCUUUUGCCGGGAAUUCGAUAUGAUGGUUUGAUUGAAUAUUCGACGCCACCGGUUUCUGAUACGUCGUUCGCUGUUGAUGAAUCGGAAAUGAGUAAUCCCGAGAACGCCGAUCUAAUGUGGAUUCUGAAUAACGGAGGCAGAGAAGCCGAUCCGUUCGAACGAACAGUUUCCCCCAUAAGUCUCGCUGGAAAUUUGGCUGUAAUUCGAAAAAAUCGAAUGCAACAGCAACAACAGCAACAGCAAACUCAGGCGAGCAAUGCAGACAGCCUUGAAAAGGAAAUUCUGCAAAAGAUGACAAUGACGAGAAUGAAAAGUGAUGAUUCGAUGCUUCGAAGAUCUGGAUCAGCUGCUUCGAAUCCGAAUUCGAGCACGAGCUCCUGGGAGAGACCGACGAAGAAGGGGAGUCGAGUGACACCGUCCUAUGAGCCUAUGGUCGCUUCGACUUCUGAGACAAAAGUGAGGCGCGAGGUGAACAAUAAUUCAAUUGAGAAAAAACAACAAAACGGAUUGGUAAAUUUGAAAACUCGAAGUGAAACGAAUUUAAGCGAGGAUCGCGAUGAGAACAAUCCGCCGCCAGUUUCCACUAAUUUUGACGAUAAACCGGCAAAAGCUAGUGGCCAAUAUUCGUUUACAGAUUUUGAAACUCCGACGACGAUGGGAAAGAAAAGUAUUAGCCAUCACAGUCUUCCGAUCUCAUCAGCUCAUCCACCUUUAAAACAUGCGCAAUCACAACCACAAAAAAAGAAUACAUUCCUAAAAGCGGGUCAAGGAAAGAAAGGAAGUUCUGCAAAAGUUCGUGCUCAGCCGCCGAAAAGCUUCUCAAUGGAUACGAAUAAUGUUACUGUGCAAGGAGCUCUGCGGAAAAUUGAAAACGACGAUUGGUCGGAGAAGGUUGAAGGAUUGAACAUGCUGGCGGCAUUGUCGUACAACCAUCCAAAACAAAUCGAGGAGAACCUCAAAGAGGUUACUCUUGCCGUGUUGAAUGAAUGCAAAAAUUUGCGGUCGUCGGUUUCGCGCGUCGCCAUCGUCACAAUUGGCAUUAUUGCGCAAAAUAUGAGCACACGAAUCGAUAGUGAGAUGGAAAAAAUUUGUGCGGUUCUUCUCAACAAAUCCGGCGAUGUUUCGAAUGCGUUCAUUCGCGAGGACGCCACCGAUUCACUGGGAAAACUCGUGAAAUCCGCCAGCGCGGUGAAGGCCCUACAGGGCAUCAUUGCUGCUGGAGCAAAAUCGAAAAACAAUACCACUCGAGCGUCGUGUGCCAGUUUUGUCUAUAAUAUCAUCGAGAUUCAAGGAAGCGCAGCGAUUCUGAACAAUCCGACCGCGUUGUCGCAUGUGAUUGGUGUUCUAAGCCAAUUCUGCAAAGAUCAAACACCUCAAGUGAGACAGUACGGACGGCAGGCGUUGGCAUUUUUGGCGAAGGACCCAAAUUUCGAUCGGCUUCUUCGGAAGAAUGCAACCGAUUCGGAAGCGAAACAAUUCAAAGAGAUUCUUGCGACGAUCGAGAAGCGCGGCGGCGUCGACGCACUCGACGCGUCGUCGAUUAGCCUCUCGGGCACGUUGUCGCGAAGCGGAAGCACACGUCGAGUGCAAAAGAAGCUUCCCGAGAGUGUUCAAUUGGAUCUGGACGAGAUUCGCACCGAAAUGACCGCGUCGGGUUGGGAGAGGCGAAUCGGCGGCAUUCAGCGAUUCGAAGAGAUGUGCUCGCAUUCGAUCAAAGCGGUCGCAAGUGACACACGCCUCAUCGAAGCGUUCAUUGGAAGAAUCGGAGAUUUGAACGCGAAAGUUGCUUCGUGCGCUAUGGACACGUACCUGGUAACGCUUCCAGCAAUGGCCAAGCUAUACUCGACGGAGUCUAAUCUGAAAGCUGUUUUGAAUCAGCUCAUUUUUGCGCUCACUGCAAUCCUCUCAAGCAAAUCCGAGGAGCAUCGACAUUUGGCGCAAACAUGCAUUCAAGCAACAAUAAAAGCAAUUGAACCCACCGCUUUAAUGCCAGCUCUCGCUGCAGCAACGAAAAAGUCGAAUGUUAAGCAACGACCAUUCAUUAUGAAUCAGUUUUGUGAAUUGUGCAAAUUGGCAUUCAAAACGAAGCCGAAACAAGUUGAAGUCACUGCUCUUCCUCUUCUUUGGGAUUCGGUGAAGCAAGUAUACUCGGAUGCCGACAACAAAAAGGCUACUGAAAAGCUUGCGAGGACAAUGGCAAAAUUGAUCGGCGAAAAAUCUCUUCUCGACUUUGCUACCAAUGAAUUGGACCCGCAACGCAAAAAACAGCUUGAAAGCUUGAUUCGAUAA